GUGACACGCGAAUUCACGAUUCUGUCACGCGGCCUUUGAAAGAAAGUGCUGACUCACCUUGAGUAAUCACUUGUGGCUGCUGGUAAGGAGAAAACUGCCACCGUCAGAUAUCGUUUUAGUCAUCCUGCAGCGGCGAACAGGUAGAAACUGAGACCUGACCACCUGUCAUCAUGAGAAGAGUAAUUCAGACCGUGCUUAGUGUUGAGCAGGCAGAGGGAGUAGGUGCUCGUGUCCGCAGGAGUAUUGGUCGAAGAGAGUUAAGCAGUCUGGAUCCCUUCUUAUUGCUGGAUGAAUUUAAAGUUUGUAAGCCUGCAGGCUUUCCUGACCACCCACACAGAGGCUUUGAAACGGUUACCUAUUUACUUAAAGGCAUAUCAGCUCAUGAGGAUUUCUGUGGUCACAGUGGUGAAUUGAGACCUGGUGAUUUACAGUGGAUGACUGCUGGUCGGGGAGUGGUUCAUGCUGAAAUGCCUAUUUCAGAUGAACCAGUCUGUGGUCUUCAGCUCUGGGUAAACCUAAGAAUGUCCGAUAAAAUGAUAGAACCACAGUAUCAAGAACUAAAGAGCAAAGAAAUUCCAAAACCCAGCAAGAAUGGGGUGACAAUUACUGUGAUUUCAGGAGAAGCUCUUGGAGAAAAGUCAAAAGUCUAUACAAGAACGCCAACUAUGUACCUAGAUUUCAGAUUGGAAAAAGGAGCAAAACAUGUUCAACCAGUGCCAGUAGGCUGGACAGCUUUUAUCUACACACUUGCUGGCUGUGUUCAUAUUGGUCCUGAAAAUGAUCAAAGGAAAACUGAUCCCCAUUAUACAUGUGUUCUUGAUGAUGGUGAAAGUAUACUAAUGGAAAAUAAGGAGACUGAAACUGCUCAUUUCGUACUGAUUGCUGGAGAGCCAAUAAAGGAGCCAAUUACAAAGCAUGGUCCUUUUGUUAUGAACACUGAAGAGGAAAUUGCACAAGCUAUCAAUGACUUUCAAAAUUGCAGAAAUGGAUUUGAACGUGCUAAAACAUGGAAAUCGAGAUUCAAUAAGUGAUGAAAGUCCGAAAGUUAAUAAUGAAGUGAUAUAUUUACAAUAAAAUAUAUAAUAUAGUUUACUUUUCAAAUAAUUCUUUGUUUAAAAAAUUUUAGUACUUUUCUGAGCAGAAUUUCUAUUAUUUUGGCCAUAGAGCUACAUAUUCAAUAAUAUAAUUGAAAUCAUAUUAGUUACCAUAAAGUUAUUCUUCAUAGGCAAUUUAUGUGUAGAAAUUUAAGCAAACCUCUAAGCCCUUUAUUGUCUUUUACUUCAUAUAAUAGCUGUUUAUAAUACUUUAAGAAAUUUUAUUUUCAUUAUGCUUCUGAAACAUCCUAACAGUUCGUCCCAUGAUAUCUAUGGUUUUGCACUGUGAAAAGGUCUCUUUUUCUUUUGACUGUUAUUUGUGUCUUAUUGAAUUUAGUUAUUAAUGGUGAAUCUUGCCAAUACUGAAAUCUAAACUCAGAUAUCAAAGAUUUGCCUGGGGUCAGUUGAAGGAUAGAUACAGUAAAAUUCUUAAUUAAGAAUACACUUUAAUUUGAACUUCCUUCAUUUUACAUUUGCCUUUCUUCCAAAAUGUGAACUAGUGGUCAGGUGGCACUGAGCAUACAUAACAAGGACAUAGGAAAAUUAUAUGAAGGUUGAUAUGUAAAUGUGGUAAAAAAUGAAUUGUGAGUGAUAUGUGAAACAUGGAUUUUGAUUAGACUACAUUGCUUCAUUAAAGGUUUGCAGCAGUCUAAGAAGUGUUAACUUGUUUGAAUCCCACACCAGAUGGUCUCAAUCAUACAAUUAAGCAAAGAAAAUUUUGGCUGAAGUCUUACAUUUUCGCAAUCUGAUCUAACAAAAGAAGCCAAUAUAAAAAGGAAGUUUAGCUAAGUUCUGAUGCAUGCGCAGACAUCAGUCUAGCAAAAAAAAAAAAAAAGUGCAAACAGUUAAACAGUUUUCCUAGUAACCCCAAAUUUUAUUGCAUUAUUUCUAACAAAAGUUACAUAUUUUGUAUGUUCAUGCUUCAUUUAUGCUGUAAUGCACACAUUUUUAAACUGAAUGUCAAAAGGCCUCCCAAACAGUUUUUUUUUUUUUUUUUUUUUUUUUUUUUAACAAGAAUACAGCUUGCAACUAGCUAGAUAUUAGAGUUGUUUUCUUUUUAAAACUAAUCCCAGUUUGAAUUUGGAUGACUAACUUGAUACAAUUUGUCAUUUGAAUGGGGCACAAAUUAUAUGAAUUAUAUUGGAACAACAACACAGUUUAGUAAUUUUAGUACUGGUAAUUUUAAAUAUUGUAACAAUGCUGUUGAGUUUUCAGUAUUCAGUAUUUAUCACUUGGUUUCAUAUCUAUGAAACAUAUGAAAAAAGCAAUAACAGUAUAUACAUAUAUUUGUAAAAAAUAUGUUUGUUUAAUACAUUUUAUUAUAAGUUUAGAAUAGUUAUCUCUUUAUUUUGUUAGGAUCAUUUGAAUUUGUGUAUUAUUUGUGAACAUUUACAUCCCUUGAUCACGUUUGGUAUAGUGAAUAAGUUUUAAAAAUACCUGUUUUUAUAUUUAACAUUUUAUGAAAGAGUAAACAAAAAUAUCAUACUGAUGUAAAUAGUUAUCUAUUAGCAUAGCUAUUAUUUCCUCUCCUGCAACAGACUCAAGUAAAUGAUACGAAAAAUGUCCCAGUGGCCCUAAAAUUGUUGGUAACAGUUUGAGAAAAUGAACAGAUAGACAGUUGUUUUACAAGUCUAAAUUUAUGUAAUCUAUUUGACUCAAAGAGGAGGCUUCCAUUUCAGUUUAGAAUACAUUGCUCGCACUUAUCUUGGCCGCACAGUUCUGGGUACAGUGGCUAUUGACUGACAUGGGUGCCAGUUUAAAGUCCAUUUAUUCUGUGAAAACUUCAAGGAAAGGCAAACACAACAAGUAAAUCUUUACUAGGUGAAACAUUAGUAGAGAAGGAAGUAGUUUUUACCAUGUCUUCAGGAGGAAUUGUGGCACAAGAUUUUUAAAGCACUUGCCCAGUGUGUUCCACAUAAAACAUGGCAUUUGGGUGCUCUCCUGGAUGUACUUCAGCUUUGAAUGUGGUUACAAUUUUAUCAUAGAUCUCUGUGCUCCAGGAAAACAGUUUUCCACAGACACUGUGAUCUUUCUUAGAGCCAAAAAGUGCUACUGAUGUGGCAUUUAUCUAAGCUGAAAAUAUGCUUUAUUUCCUCCUAUUUGUGCAUUUUAAAUGAACACUAAGUGUUACUUGACUAGCAAAUUGUCUGUAAAGUGCCUGAGCAGGACACUAAGUCGGAAAGGCUCACGUUUUUGUGAGGAAGAGAAGUCAAUAGCAAGAGAGAGGCUGUGGGUGACAAUAUCAAGCGUGUAAGCUACCCCAACAGAUAGAUAAGGACUUAAGACCUGUUUUAGAAAGACCCAGGGAAGCAACGCUUGUUAUUUCAUUUUUUUACGUGGUGCUGUUAUUCCUUGCUUUGUUCAUUUCUCCCGAAAAAUAAUUUUUGUAAUAAAGGUGCUUUUCAUAUUU